GGGAACUUCCCCCUUCUGACUAGCAAUAGUUCACAGAGUUUUGCUCAGGCUUGUCAGUUUGUGGACUUUGUGUAGAGGAAGCCUGGAGACGUCCUGUCAGAGCAGUCCACGGGAGCAAGCGAUCAUUGUAGUGCUUCUGCUGCCCUUGUGCCCAGGAUGCCUGUCCCAGUCUGGCCAGUGAUGCUGCUUUUAUCCCUCUGCAAAGCUGUGUCAGGGCAGCAGGCAGGGUCGGGCGACUUUCUGUCUCCCUGUGACAGCCAGAUCUACUGCACGGGACCGCUUCUCCAGCAGGUCCAGCAGGCCCAGCUGUUUGAGGAUGACAAGCAUUUUGUGGACAUGCCACUGAAGGACAGCCCGGAUGUGGUUCUGGCACAGUUCUGGGUGCAGGCGAAUGCAACGGCUGGUGGAGCCUUGUCCAAACAGCAGCUGGCAGCGUUUGUGGACACCCACUUCUCUCCCCCAGGAGAGGAGCUUGAGAGCUGGGUGCCUGCAGACUGGACACCCAGACCCACACUCCUUGAGAGGAUUUUGGAUGAGAAGCUGCGGUCUUGGGCACAGGAGCUGAAUGAAAAGUGGAAGCAGCUGGGGAGGCAGAUGAAGCCAGAGGUCAAAACCAGCCCUGAGCGCCACUCCCUGAUCUAUGUGCCUCACCCGCUGAUUGUGCCUGGUGGGCGCUUCAGAGAAUAUUACUACUGGGACUCCUUCUGGGUCAUCGAGGGGCUCCUGCUCAGCAACAUGACAGCCACGGCAGAGGGCAUGAUCAAAAACUUCAUCUACCUUGUGGACAAAUUUGGACACAUCCCAAACGGGGGCCGGGUAUAUUACGAGCAACGGAGCCAGCCCCCCUUCCUCACCCUGAUGGUGGAGAGUUACCUGAGACACACCAACAACACAGACUUUCUGAGGGAAAACAUUGGCCUUCUUGAGGCUGAAUACCGCUUUUGGCAAGAGAACCGGACUGUCAACGUCUCCUUUGGGGGCCAGGAGUAUGUCCUGAACCGCUACCGUGUCCGAGUCGGGGAGCCCAGGCCAGAGUCCUACUGGAAGGAUGUGCAGCUGGCCAUGGGCCUGCCUGAAGAGGCCCGGCGGGCUCUGUGGGCCGAGCUCCACAGCGGAGCGGAGUCCGGCUGGGAUUUCUCCUCCCGCUGGUUCCUGCCGGGGCCACCCCCGCUGGAGGCCACCCUGCAAGACACCAGGACGAGCUCCGUGGUUCCCGUGGAUUUGAAUGCCAUCCUUUGCAGAGUGGAGCAGCUCCUGGCCAACUUUUACGAGGCUCUGGGGGAGAACGUCAAAGCCAAGCAGUUCCAGGUGGCUCACGGGAAACGGGCCCUCGCAAUGCAGCGCCUCUUCUGGAAUGAAGACGCGGGCAUCUGGUUUGAUUACAACCUCCUCCGCCAGAGGCCAAACAAGGCCUUUUACCCGCCCAACUUAAUGCCUCUGUGGGCCGAGUGUGGUGUGAGCCCAGGCGAUGCUGAGAAAGUCGUCUCCUAUCUGAAGGCAAGCUCAGCACUCUCCUACACCAAGGGGCUGCCCACCUCCCUGGCACGCACGGGGCAACAGUGGGACCUACCCAACGCCUGGGCCCCCCUGCAGCACAUGGUGAUUGCAGGCUUGGCCAAGUCUUCCUCCUCGGAGGCCCAAGAGCUGGCCUUCACCCUGGCCCAGCGGUGGGUGAGAACAAACCUGGCCGUCUACCAGCGAUAUCACAACAUGUUUGAGAAGUAUGACGUCGAAGGGGAUGGAAAGCCAGGUGCUGGCGGGGAGUACGAAGUGCAGGAGGGCUUUGGCUGGACCAACGGGGUCGUCCUUCAGCUGCUGGACCUCUACGGAGAGCGCCUCACCUCGGCCUCUGCUUUGGCGCUGCCUCGUGUCCUGCCCUGGGUCGUGGUGGCCAGCCUUCUCCUCACCCUGCCGCCCUAGGAGUCCCUUGGGCUGCCUGCGUGGCUCCCCCACCGCCUUUGACCUCCUGGCCUCCGCAGCUCGCUCGCUCUCUCUCUCUCUCUCGCUCUCUCUCUGGGGAGGGGUGUGUGUUUGUGUGUGCCUGGCACGGUCUAAUGAAGUCUCAUGUGAAAAGCCACAGCUCUUCUUUUAUGCUGCAGAACUCAGUUGAAGGAGAGAGGAGGAGAAAUUGGGGGAUCGCUCCAAAAAAGGGAGCAGGGGGACUCCCAGGCAGUGCUGGUCUGGAAGGCCCCUCCGGAGGUGUGGUCAAAGGCCCCAGGCAGCAGG